AUGCACCAUCUUCUAAGACUUGUUUUGGAACAAAAAGAUCUUUCACGUGCUGGGGAACUCUUUUCUUUGGACGAUUCUGAAAUAGAAGGAUGCCUAUCCGAAGCCCUUGAGCAAAUCAAACUAAUUAGUUCAUCUCCUGACUACCAGACAAAUGACAACGACCAAGCAGUUGUGGAGAUUUGUAUCACUCGAAUUACUUCAGCCAUCAGGGAGACAGAAUCCAUCACAAAGCAUGGAAAAGCUCUUAUUGAUCUCUGGGAGUCAUGUUUAGAGCACAACCUGAAACCUUUUUGUAAAGAUGAAGACACACCACAUGCAAAGAUUGCCUCUGAUAUUAUGAGUUGCAUUUUGCAGAAUUAUAACCGCCCUCCCAUCAUAGCAUUGGCUGUCCCAGUGGCAGUGAAGUUUCUCCAGAGAGGUAACAAAGAAUUGUGCAGGAAUUUAUCCAGUUAUCUCUCGCUUGCUGCAAUCAGUAAAGCAGAGCUGCUUGCUGAACACACAGAAAGUAUUGUAAAAAGUAUCCUGCAAGGGAAUUCCACGUUGCUCCGUGUAUUGCCUUCUUUGUAUGAAAAGCAACAAGAACCUUUAAGCAACCACCUGAGAGAAUUGGUAGGACUGAUGCCUCAUCUGGAACCAUCUGAACAACAACAUCUUCUACAGCUUUUGCUAACCGUUGCAAAGAAAAAGCAGCCCAAGGUCCUCAAAGAAUGUGUUUCUUCUCUAAUUGAUCAUCUAAGAGAUCCUCUUUAUAACAACAUUGUCCUAGACAUACUCAUAGAAAUAUCAGAUUAUGAACCAGAACUGUUGGCCAAUUUACUGCCUUUCCUGAAAGAAAUUGGGGAGACUUUUCCUAAUUUGAUAGGGCAAAUGGCAAAGAUUUUUGGAGCCGUUGGACAAGUUGAUGAGGAACAAGCUCGGAUCUGCCUGGUCUAUUUGCUUAAUCAGCUGGGAAACAUGGAACAUUCUUUCCACCAUAUCAUUUUGUUGGAGAUCAAAUACAUCACUGACCUCUUCUCCAACAUCUUGGGUAUCCAAAGCAGAGAUAUUUAUCGUAUGAGUAACAGUUUCACUGCUGUAGCUAAACAUCUCAUCCAACAGCUGAAAAACAACACAAGUUCGGAAUGCAGGUCCCAAAGUUUAGUAGUGCAUGCUGGUCAAACGAAGGACAUUCAUGCAGACAGCAAAGGAGAAGGGGAGAAUGGAGAUGUAACAGCCAGCAUCUCUUUCACUGAUCUGUAUUUGAGCCAAGAAACCGACAAAUUGCCUUCCAGUGCAAUCUCUGAAGAGUCCCAGCUGGAGCAGUCCUCAUGUUCACGCCCAAGUAUCAAAUGUUCAGAACCAGAGAAUCUGCCAGAAUCUGUUAAAGAAAACUGUCAUGAAGAGAACCCAAAGAUCAUAAAGAACCCUAUGGAGUAUCAAGAUAAGCUUUAUUUUCACUUAAAAGAAAAUCUCUCUAAAGUGAAAGCAUAUGUCAUGGAGAUGGGGAAGAAAAUUCCAUUCCCAGACGAGUGUCUUAUAGAAGAUACAGUUAAAAGUUGUGUAGCAAAGUUGUCCUUCAGCUGUCCCCUGAAAGGUCACUACUGCCUGUACAGUAAAUCCGGUUUUGCUCUCAUCAGUCACCAGCCUCAACUUUGGAUCCAUAUCAUGUUUCUCUUUCAGCAGAGCUUGUUCCCAGAACCAUUGUCUAUGCAGAAUAAUUAUUUGCAAGUCCUGAAGACCUUGUGGGAAAAAACCCAGCUUAAGGGAACACAUAGUUUUGAAACUGCAAUGGUGCAAUCUACAUUUCCACAUAAGAAGGAUCUGGACCAUGUACAAUUACACCUGGAAGAAGUGAGGUUCUUUGAUUUAUUCAGUUACAAUGAAGAAGUGGGGGCUUGGCAGUGUUUCAUGUGUAACAAUCCUGACAAGGCAACAGUUGUGAAUCAAGAUGGCCAGCCACUGAUUGAAGGCAGGUUGAAAGAAAAGCAAAUCCGAUGGAAAUUCAUUAAAAGAUGGAAGACUCGCUAUUUUACACUUGCUGGCAAUCAACUUCUCUUUCACAAAGGAAAAUCUAAAGAUGAUCCAGAUGAUUGUCCCAUUGAACUGAGUAAAGUCCAGAGUGUCAAAGUGGUAGCCAAGAAGCGCCGAGAUCGCAGUCUUCCUCGGGCCUUUGAAAUCUUCACGGACAAUAAGACAUAUGUCUUCAAGGCCAAAGAUGAAAAAAAUGCUGAGGAGUGGCUACAGUGCAUUAAUGUGGCAGUAGCACAAGCUAAAGAACGAGAAAGCAGAGAAGCAACCACAUAUUUGUAACAACUAUAGAUUUGCUUAUGUUUUCUUUUUCAGUCAUAGAUAACUACGUGGAGUAUCUCGAUAUUUGAAUUGCAAAAUAUAUUAUACAGGCUGUAUAAUGUGUUUUGCAAUGAGAAAUGGCACCACUGAGAUCUAUUCCACAAUAUUCCAUCUUCAUGAUCUUUGGAUAUCACACAGACUAAUUUUGUGUGUUCAUAGAACUGAGACCAUCACAACCAGAAAUGCCUGUUCAGGGGCUGGGCCCUGUUGAAGAGAAGGAGGAUGCAUACAUAAGUAUUUAUAUAACUGUGGUAAUUGAGAAACAACUUAGGACUGAUUAGCCAUUUGCUAAAAAUUCAUCUUGGCUAUACUUUUAGUGCAUGCUUAUACCACUUUUCUUAGGAGUCACAUACAUGAAUUCCAGCUACAAUAGCUGCUCUAUUUUGUCCUGACUGACUCCCAUUUUUUGAAUAUCCAAACAUUGUACAGUACUUUCACUGAACCCCAAACCAAGGCAGUUGGCUGACUGCCAUUGGAUGGGACAAAGUUUAAAAAUACCUUCCCACUCUGAGAUAAUAGGCCAUAGUUUGUAGCUUGUAGGUUCAGUGAUUUAAUGCUAGUCAUUGGUACAUGUGCAACAGAGAAAAAGAUAUUUGUUUGAGAUUAUGAAAGAAAUCAAACUUGACUAUUUUAUACUUUAUGCUAUUCCACCUGCCACUUAACGGAUAUAUGAAUCCAUUCAAAUCGGUGUAAUUCAUACAUGACAACUGAAGCAUAUGGUUUCUUGCUCCCAUGUGCUAUAUUCUAGUUCUCUAGUUGCAAAUCAACCAUUUCUGGAGGGAGACAUGAGUUGAAAAAAUUGCUGCCAUAGGUAAUGAAUGUACAGCCUCAUGUUCAUUAAACAUACUUACAAAUCUUAUCAGCUUUGACUUUAUGAAUUAUGAAUUCAGGUCUUUGCUAGUCUGCAUGAUCUCAGAAAUGUUAUGUCUGGAGUUAGUUCC